AUGGAAGAUAUGCAUACAAGCUAUGGGUUAACUUUGACAUAUAAUAAGGCUUGGAGGUCAAGGGAAAAGGCAUUAAUGGCGGUGCGAGGAACUGUGGAGGAUUCCUAUGAUGAAUUGCCAUCCUACCUGUUGCAGAAGAAGAACCCAGGUACCAUAACUGACAUCCAGACGGAUGAGAAAGGACACUUCAUGUAUAUGUUCAUAUCUCUAGGGGUUUCAAUUAGGGGUUUCAUAGGAUGUUGUCGUCCUGUAUUGUGCAUCGAUGCCAGCUUCCUUAAGCACAAAGUUGGAGGUCAACUACUGGUUGCGAUAGCAUUGAAUGCGAACGAGCAACUAUAUCCCGUUGCUUUUGGUGUCGUUGAUUCGGAGAAUAAUAACUCUUGGACAUAUUUCAUGCAACAACUAAGGUUGGCAAUUGUAUCAUUCCCAGAUCUCGUCUUCAUAUCCGAUAGACACCCAAACUGCCAUGUUGAGUUUGAUUUGGCUUCUCGCGCAUACACCGAGUCCACGUUUCAGAAGCAUUUUGACAAGAUCAGAACUAAAGACCCUAGGAUUGCUGAAUAUUUGGAACAAAUUGGAGUGGAGAGAUGGAGUCGUGCUUUUUUGUCCGGUUCACGAUACAAUCAAAUGACAAGUUUUACUCAACUGAAUCGUGGUGCAUGGCAUAUGCGGAGACAUGUUAUCCAGUUUUUCAUCAUAAUGAAGCUUGGGACAUUCCCGAACAUAUCAAGAAACGAGUCUGCCUAA